AUGGAGUGCUCUCGAUACUUUGAUUGCCCUACCCACGUUGUGGAGAGGCAGCUCUCUGACGAAGAGACCGAAGAUAGCGAUGCGGGGGAGGACGAAGCAACGGUGCAGCUUCAGAUGGACGAUGACACGGCUGAGAAUUCUUCGAGCGCGAGGCUACAAACUGUCGAGCCUACCGUGCCAAACUAUACUUCAGAAUCAGGAGCAAGGUUUGCGCCCGUGCCCGAGGCGACGGAUACGGACCAACCGACAGUACCAGUACAUUCAGCACAGGCAGCCUCAGCACGGGAUACUGAAGGGCCUGAUGAGUCUCAGGAUCCCGAAGAAGCCGCGCCAGCACCACCAUCGCCGAUGACCUACAGGAGAGUUCGUCCCGCCGGAACGGUCCUCGACUUUGUUGGCCUCGCAAGCUGCAAACACAUCCUCGCACGAUUUGCCUCUACGUCCAGCCUUGCCAUCGAGUCGAUCCCUGGAGACGCCGCCUCCGCCGCCGCCCCGACGAGCGAGCUCUUCGGCUGCAUUUCGAUCUACCUCGCGGGACCAGCAAGGUUCCGAAGAGAGGAGCGGUCCGCCCGAUAUAUUGUUCAACCGCCAGGCCAACCGCGUCUGGCGGCCCAGAGAUACCCGUCGUCCCUCAUCAGCGGUGAGGGAGGAUAUGCAGAUUUUAGCAGUCUCGGUGGAGGAGAGCGAGUUCGUCUAUGCAACCCGUGCGUCCCUGACCCCAACACCACGCCGCCUCAACAGCCACUCGGGUCGCCAUCACAGUUGUCGCCCCGAGGAACGCAUUACAGAUCGCAAAGCAGCAUUAGCACUAUGUCCAGUAACGCGCCUCCACCCACUCGCUUCUCGGGCUACUUUACGUCGGGCCCUUCCCCGGAGACCUAUGCGCGGUCUAGAAGCAUCACGCAUUCUGGGUCCGGUGGGCCCUCGGGCUCUCGAGGACAUUACCACUCCACGCAAAACCGGAUCAUGGCGGGAACUCCUCCUACGUACUACCCUUCCUCGUCGUCGGGCUAUCCGGGCUCAUCACGUUACCGGUCCAUGUUAGACGUUGGCCCCUCUUCUUCAUCUUCGGCCGCCCAGAACCGUGCACUGCCACCGCCGCCGCCCCAAAUCGCCGAGGAGGACGAGUGCCCGGUCUGCCAUCGAGAGCUGCCCUCACGCAGUCUACCGAACUUUGAGGCCGUGCGGGAAACGCACAUCAACACUUGCAUCACCGCUCAUAGUACAUAUAGCGGUACGCCAACGGGAGAGACGCCGCAAAAUACCGUCGGCACCCCGCCUCCCCUAGCCGUACGCCGGACUGGCAUGUUUCCUUAUGUGGCCACGGAGAAGGACUGCGUGGACUCUGCCGAGUGCACCAUCUGCCUCGAGGAGUUCGAGGUAGGCGUCCCUAUGGCGCGUCUAGAGUGCCUCUGCCGUUUCCACCGGUCUUGCAUCUCGGCCUGGUUUGUCAACCAUCCCGGACGGUGCCCCGUCCAUCAGCAUGAUAGUUUUGGCUAUUGA